AUGCACGAGAAACAAAUCGAUGUUCGUUUGGAAACAUUAGAGAAUGCGAUGAGGAAAUUUUACACCGUCCGUCGCAAAAUCGAAUUAAUCAUCGAUGAAGAAGAUGAGAAGCCUGACAAGAAGGAGUCUACUGAACAACGUGCAGAGCGUUUGGAAGCACUAUCAACCCAGCGUGAAGCAGAAUAUAAUGAAGCCAUUCGAGUUGCAGAGGAGGAGUAUUACGAGAUCAAAACGGCACUCAUAUCUUUGCGGUCAAAAGCAGAUGCACCAGCAGGACGAUCUGCUCAUAAUGAUGCACCCGCUGUAGCACAACCACAAGGUUCAAGGGUGAAGCUACCAGAUAUAAAGUUGCCAACGUUCAGCGGUAAGGUAAAGGACUGGGUCACGUUCCGAGACACCUUCCGGAGUUUGAUACAUAACAACCGUCAGCUCGACGAUGUCGACAAGUUCACGUAUUUACGAUCGUCGGUCGCUGGUGAUGCCUUUCAGGAAAUCAAUUCUGUUGGACUUUCGGCAGACAACUACGACGUGGCAUGGAGGAUGCUGGAAAAAAGGUUCGAAAACAAAAAGCUGAUUGUAAAGGCCCAUAUGGAUGCACUUUUUGCUAUUGAGCCCAUGCGAAGAGAAAGUUGUGACUCUCUUAAUUACCUCAUCAAUGAGUUUGACAAGAAUUUACAAAUGCUUGCAAAAAUCGGAGAAAUGCGAACUGGUCAACGAUUUUAG